CAUGUAGAUUAGCUUGGAACAUUAUUGUACAUGAGGCAUAAUUUAGAUACAACAAUAUCUGACUCUGACACUGACACCAAUACAGGAUGCUGACAUCACAAUGGCGGACUGCAGUCAGGAUCCUUUGUGGAAUCGCAUUCCUUUAUUAUGCAGUUUCUAUCAAUCUGGGAUCAAUCAUUACUUUUAUUGCAUUUAUAGGAUCAAUAUUUGCACUGUCGAAAAGCAAAGAAUAUCCUGUACAGAUAUCACCCACAUUGGAGAAGAGAAAUCCUUUGAAACGGAAAUCGGGCAAUCUAACGAUUUCUGAUGUACCUGAUGUCUUGAUACAGAAAAUCCAAAGUGAUGUUUAUAAACAUAUCACUUAUGAUCCAGAGUUAGCAGAGUCUGUGGAGAAUUUUCAAUCCAUACAGCAAAAUACAGAGUGUAUAUUUGCAAAGCGUGCCAAAAUUUGGGGAAGUGCAAAUUGGAACGUUAAUCUGACGUUGGAGGGAAAUGUUCUGAAAUCAGUGCCGAUGUUAAUGACUUUUAUUCAACUAUGUCCAACCUUAGGCUUAGAUGGGUUUGUGUUUGAACUACCAACAUCCAAAUAUGGUAAAACAGUAGAACAUUUCGGACAAUCAGUCCGUAAACUUCUGACGAUUCUCUCUGAUAAUGACCCUUCUCAUGGUGACUCGAUGAAGGAGCCUAAUAUUGGAAAAACUGGAUGGGUCUUCAAAUUUUAUAAUCAUACAUUUUUCAUCACCACUUUUGGACCAUUUUAUUCAGAAAAUCAUUCAAGAUAUGGAUUCGAGAGUGAAAAUUGUUUUGUAUUACUCCAACCGGAACUUUCAUUUGCUCAUCACGAUCUCCCACCAGAUACCCCUGAAACUAAAUGGGAAACCCCUGAAACUAUUCGUGAUAAAAUUAGGGUUGCAUAUAGAGAUGCAGGGAGAGGAUAUCAUAUCCGUGACACUGUAGUAUAUCCAAUGGCACAUGAUAUUGUUAAACCAUUGACUGAUAAAGAUGAUGUUAUAACAUGGUGGGAGUUAAAAAUAAACUAAAUAAAUAAAUUGUUGCGCAAUCACAUGACGACGUCUAGCCUGCCUCUUACCAUGCGAUUCUCUGUACUCAUUAAUACAUGUACAAACAAUAUAAUUGUAUUUUAAUUUUUUAUUGCUUGAAAAACAACAAUGAUAUUAAGCAUUUAUUACAAUCGUACUUAAUCAACAAUAAUGAUAAAGCAUUCAAUACAAUUAUACAAUAAUUCAUUACAAUACAUUAACUGAAAAUGAUUGUUGGAACCCAAAUGUAACAAAAUUGAAAACGUGAAAUGAAACAAA